UCUCCCUUCAAUCAUUUAAAUAUUAGUUACAGACGGUCACUUUAAACAAACUCCCCCAGCGAGAUAAUAUAAAUUUACACUAUCGUCACCGGUCGUUCACGAGCAUUUCAUCACAACUCUUCUUCACUGAACUUGGAAAUCUCUCUCUCUCUGAAAAUAAUUUCAUUUGAAAAUGGCUGAGGCUGCUACCCCUAAUGCUGACCUGUUGGAGUGGCCAAAGAAAGAUAAGCGACGUAUGCUUCAUGUGGUGUAUCGUGUUGGUGAUCUUGAACGCACCAUUAAGUUCUAUACUGAAUGCUUAGGGAUGAAAUUGUUGAGGCAAAGAGAUAUCCCAGAAGAGAAAUACUCCAAUGCCUUUCUUGGGUUUGGCCCAGAAGAGUCUAACUUUGUUGUGGAGUUAACUUACAAUUAUGGUGUAUCAUCAUAUGAUAUCGGAACUGGUUUUGGGCAUUUUGGAAUUGCAACUCAAGAUGUCUACAAAAUGGUUGAAGACAUUCGUGCCAAGGGUGGCAAUAUCACUAGAGAGCCUGGUCCAGUCAAGGGUGGAACGACUCACAUUGCCUUCAUAAAGGAUCCUGAUGGCUAUAUUUUUGAACUCAUCCAAAGAGGUCCAACUCCUGAACCAUUAUGCCAAGUAAUGCUUCGUGUUGGUGAUCUAGACCGCUCCAUUAAGUUCUAUGAAAGGGCUUUGGGGAUGAAGCUGUUAAGGAAGGUUGAUAAGCCUGACUAUAAGUACACCCUAGCUAUGAUAGGAUAUGCAGAUGAGUAUGAGACAACUGUUCUGGAAUUAACUUACAAUUAUGGUGUGACUGAAUAUACCAAGGGAAACGCAUAUGCUCAGAUCGCCAUUGGUACAGAUGAUGUAUACAAAAGUGCUGAGGUUGUCAACCUGGUCACACAAGAGCUCGGAGGAAAGAUAACCCGACAACCAGGACCAGUUCCUGGAAUCAACACCAAAAUUACCUCUUUCCUCGAUCCGGAUGGCUGGAAGACUGUCCUGGUCGACAAUGAAGAUUUUCUGAAGGAACUUAAGUAAAGGAUGAAGGAUUUCAGGAAGCAUCAAGUAGGUAACUUCUUACUUGUAUGAAUAAGUUAUGUCCAGUGUUGAAAGCGACCAACAUGCAUGUUUGGAUAUGGUAUGCUUCCUUAAACUUCGGACACUUGUUUGUUUGUAUCAAUUUAAGGCUGAUGCUAUCUAUUUAGUAUACCUUUGAUCGUGCA